AUGUCGGCGGCGGGAGCGGGCGCGAGCGUGGAGGCGGGCUUCUCCAGCGAGGAGCUGCUGUCGCUGCGCUUCCCGCUGCACCGCGCCUGCCGCGACGGGGACCUGGCGGCGCUGUGCUCGCUGCUGCAGCAGGCGCCGCGCGCGCACCUGGCCGCCGAGGACUCCUUCUACGGCUGGACGCCCGUGCACUGGGCCGCGCACUUCGGCAAGCUGGAGUGCCUGGUCCAGCUGGUGCGAGCCGGAGCCACUCUGGACCUGUCCACCACGCGCUACGCCCAGACCCCAGCCCACAUCGCUGCUUUCGGGGGCCACCCCCAGUGUCUCCUCUGGCUGAUUCAGGCAGGAGCCAGCAUUGACAAACCGGACUGUGAGGGCGAGACCCCCAUCCACAAGGCGGCUCGCUCCGGGAGCCUCGACUGCAUCAGCGCCCUGGUGGCCAGCGGGGCUCGAGUCGACCUGAGAAAUGCCAGCGGCCUGACAGCAGCAGACAUUGCUCAAACCCAGGGUUUCCGGGACUGUACCCAGUUUCUCUUGAAUCUCCAGAAUUGUCAUCUGAACCGUUUCUAUAGCAACGGCACCUUGAAUGGGGGCCCUCCGAGUAUAUUUCCCGAUCAUGUAAGUGUGGGAACACAUCGCAAGAGAUGCUUGGAAGACGCGGAACCCUUUGGAGUCAAGAAGGCGAGAACCGAAGCGCCCCGCUCAGCCGGCGCCCUGCCCCCCGCCCCCGGUGCUGCGGACGACGACUCGGACGGCAUGGACGGCAUGCACGUGGACAGGGAGCUCGCCAGCCUAACAGAUGUGACAGACAGUAGCUCCGCGGCGAGUCCACUGACAAACGGAUGUCCCAUCAGUGGACACGUGGCCUGCCCCUCCACGACCCAGCCCGGUGGGAUGGCGAGCAGGAGCGCCCCGUGCCCAGCGGGGCCUGGCGCCGGCAGCGGUGGGCUGGCCCCGGGCCGGCCGACGGUCAACGGCCAGGGCCCGCUCUGUGCGGUCGGGGGCGAGGAGCCGGACAGGGCGCCGGGCGUCAACCCCGAGAUGUGCGGCUCGCUGCACCUCAACGGCAGCCCCAGCAGCUGCGUGGCCAGCAGGCCCUCCUGGGCGGAGGACGCCGGGGAGCACCUGCACUACGGUCACUACCACGGCUUUGGGGACACGGCCGAGAGCAUCCCUGAGCUGAGCAGCGUCCUGGAGCACUCGCGCUCCGUGAAGGUGGAGGAGCGCUACGCCAGCGCCGUCCUGGGCACCAUGCACCUCUACCACGGCUCCUGAGGCUGCCCGCCCAGGCGCACCUGGGCCUCAGCGCCCGACUUUCACAAGGCGGCCCUGGCGCCAGGGUCCUGCCCCCGCAGGGCUUGUCGCCUCCGGGCCUCGUGCCCCCACCACCGCGCACCAGUCCUGACGUCCCUUCAGAGCGGUCCCGUGCGUCGCCGCCCGCCCCUGCCUGGUCACUGCCGGGGUGGGGCCGGCGCGGGGCUCUUUCUCAACGCCCGGCGGUGAGGCUUUGCCCGGGACACCGGGGCCAGGCCCAAGGGGCUCCUUAGCCGGCACAGCCUCGGUUUCGGGAACAGCUUAGCCUGGGGCCUGCCUGGCCCUAGUCCCAGUGCCACCGCCCUCCUGACCGUCACCGCGGCAGUUGCUGUCUGUAGGACCGUCACGUCCAAAUACCGGACUCUUUGGACUUCUGUUUCCUUAGUCCUUCCUUUUUGGGGUUUCCUGCUUUACAGCAUAUACCACUUAGGACUCUCCAGUUAGCCGAGGGCGCUUGGACUCUUCCUAAAGCCGCGUUGAGCUCGUGGUUUUCUAGAACCCGGCUUUGUAGGCGACGGGUGGCUCCACUGUGCGGGUGUUGUGAUGACUUUUUACUUUUCUGACUUUUGUAAUAAAAAUUGGUGUAGAGAAACGUCAGGUGACAAACAGUGCUCUCCAGGUGUCGCUCGUCCUGUUUCUAAACUCUCCUUUACACGUUGAAUAAAAAGCUCACAGGCUGCCGGCUCUGGGGUGUGCUUUCUUG